GGCAGUUAUUUUCACGGGUCGGCGCUCAGUCAUUUGACUUUUUCGUACGUCAUGUUUCUUUGAUUGCAACGUUUAGUUUCCUCGCGUCUUCAAAAGCUGGCGCGCGCGUCGAUAAUGCUGGCUGAACAUUGAUACGUAUUAAACUUAAAUAAUAUAUUGCUGAUCGUUAUUAAUAAACAUAAAAAUAAGUGUUUAUGAGUGAUUAUCGGAUUAUAAAAAUUAAAAGAGUGAAUCAGAAGAAAACGUUUAAGUGUUGCGUGUAUAAAAAACUAAACAAUAAUGUCUAACGUUCCAUUAGUUCGUAAAGCGAUCGCCGGCGCCGCUCGACACUCGUCAAUCCCUACCAAUGAAAACAACCCCUUAGUGCUCCAGCCUGCGCAGGAGAGCCAAUGGACCCCCGCGGCUUUGGAAAGGGCUGGAUCUACCCUAAAGGCUCUCAAUCGAAUGGCCAAGCGCCCACCCGUGCAUAUACUGUUUGAAGAUAUUAACUAUACCGUGAGCUCACACAAAGGGGACAACACUAUUCUGCGCAAUGUAUCUGGAGAGUUUCGAUCGGGUGAGCUGACGUGCAUUCUCGGACCUUCGGGCGCUGGCAAGUCCUCCUUGAUGAACAUACUGGCAGGCUAUGCCUCAAACAACGUGAGCGGGCGAGUAACAGUAAACGGGCACGCGCGCGACAUGCACGUGUUCAAGAAGCUGUGCUGUUAUAUUAUGCAGGACGAUAUGCUGCAGCCGCGGCUGACGGUCAUCGAGGCCAUGAGGAUUGCAGCUGAUCUCAAGUUGGGCAAGGAGCUGGGUAGAGCUGAAAAACAUCUCAUAGUAACAGAAAUUUUGCAGACCCUUGGUCUCUGGGACCACCGGGACACAAGAUCCGAGUGCCUGUCUGGAGGACAGUCCAAGCGGCUCUCCGUUGCUUUAGAACUUGUCAACAAUCCACCUAUUAUAUUUCUGGAUGAACCUACCACAGGCCUAGAUGUUGUAUCGAUCCGGCAAUUAGUGGUGCUGCUGCGCCUGCUCUCGCGGCAGGGCAGAACGAUCAUCUGCACCAUACACCAACCCUCGGCCUCGCUGUUCGCGCUCUUCGAUCGGGUAUACGUCCUGGCUAGAGGCAUGUGCUGUUACCAGGGCGCUGCGCCCCUCCUCGUCCCGUUCCUGGCCGAGAUGGGUCACAUCUGCCCUACCACGCACAACCCGGCGGACUUCGUGAUCGAGACGCUCGUCAUCGACCUGGAGGCGCCCGCGCAGCUCUCCGAGCUCUGUCAAAACGGGAAACUGUGUCGCAAAUUGGACCGGAUCACUGCUAGAGGAGGCCGGCGACCUGUUUUGCACUCCGAUGAAUCAAUUCAGCGGAUAUUCGUGGAGCACGUGGCCAAGGAGCUGGAGCAGAAGAUGGAGUUCCCCACCACCUUCCUGACGCAAUUCCUCGUCCUCACCAACAGGAUGUUUGUGCAGAACAAACGGAAUGCAACAGGCCUCUGGAUCCAGCUGCUUCACCACGUGAUGUCGGCCAUGCUGGUGGGCUGCAUAUUCUUCCUCGUGGGCAACGACGGGAGCUCACCCAUCGUCAACUUCAAGUUCUGCCUCAGCUGCCUUGUAUUCUUCAUGUACACUUACAUAAUGAUACCUGUACUUAUAUUCCCCACUGAAGUGCGAAUGCUCCGGAGAGAGUACUUCAACCGCUGGUACAGCCUUAAGGCAUACUACGCGGCGCUUACAUUCGCCUCCCUGCCUGCCAUGAUGUUUUUUGGCCUUCUAUUCCUCGGCAUCUCAUACCUAAUGUCUGGGCAGCUACUAGAAUGGAAGAGAUUCUGUCUUUUCUCUCUCAUCGGCAUUCUGACUGGCGUCUGCUCCGAAGGACUUGGCCUACUCAUUGGUGCUGCCUUUAGUGCUACAAAUGGUUCUAUUGUAGGUCCCGCCACUGCAGCUCCGCUCCUAGCGCUCUGCUGCUACGGGAUGGGCUUCGGCCCCAAAAUAGAACUCAUCAUGAAGGUCCUUAUGGCAGUCUCCUAUCUUCGCUACACUGUCACAGGAUUCACCUUAGCCUUAUACCAGGAGAGAAACCCUAUGAACUGCGAUGAAGUAUUCUGUCUUUACGCUGACCCUAAAUUGUUAUUAAGAGACUUGGGUAUGAUUGAUGAUAAUUACUAUUUUCAAAUCCUGGCGCUGUUUGCUUUUACAGUAUUGCAUAGGGUGCUAGCGUACUACGCUCUAAGGUACCGACUGACCGUCGAGUUUUCUAAUAAGUACAUAGCGUAUGUAAGUAAACUACUAAAACAUAAGUAAUCGAAGUAGCUCAAUUUUAAUAAAUAAAUUAAUUAAUUAAUAGUAAGCACCUACCUUACUUUGGUGUUGGGAUUCAAAAAAUAUCCAAUGGCAGGUAAAUUACUUCGGUGCUGUUUCAUAACUUCCGUAACAAUACCAAAUAAUAGCAAUAUAACAUUUUAUCGAAUGAAAUAAACCUCAUAAAAGUUAGAUGCAACAAUGAUUUUAGCUAUCUAGACUAUAUUACCUAUGUAUCUAACCCUGAGGUUCUAAGGAAACCUAAGUCGUAUACUAUCAUAAUAGCCAAAUUCUUUUAUCUAACAAACAUCAACAGCAACCCUUUAUAUUUGCUUAUGUAUGUGACAUGAAUGCAGAUUUCAAAAAUGACCCGACAUACAUAAUUAUUUACGAUAUAUCUAUCUACUCUACUACUUGGGUACUUGAAUUUUAGGUGUGUCGUUUUUAGGCAUUCGGAUCCAAUUACGGGAAACCAUUUGUGACGUAGGUAGGCCUUAAGCACCUGAAAGUGCCGUGUGAAUCGUGUGAUAUUCGUGUAGAUACUUAUUAAGUAUCUAAUAUGUAGGUACUUCUUAAGGAAAUAGAAACAGCAAAAAAAAGCAGUAGGUAAUACAUAGUUAAGUUUAUAAAUUAUAUUUAGCCGGCUCUAAAACUAGUAAACCAGGAAUCUCCAAACUACGGCCCACGGAUCGCGUAACUACUUUGGACAAGGAAGCAAGAAAGUUAAAUCGAAAGCUCGACCUUGGCUCUCGGGCCAAAAGAGUUUCGAUACACCUGCUCGGAGAGAACCUAGUAACUAUGUUGCAUUUAGCGAAUCUAUUGUAAAUUUUUAGGUACAGUCAAGUCUGAGAAUAUCGAUACGAAAAUAGUGCCAAAAAAAUAUCCAUACACGACCUCACUGCCCAUAUAUUAAGGUAGUGUAUACAUAUUUUUGGCACUUUGUCCGUAUCGAUAUUUCCAGACGUGACCGUACUAAUACAGAUAAGCUAUUGUCGAUAAUGUAAGUUAUUAUAUAGAAAAAUAUACCCAAUUGAUGUGUUUUUACAAUAAACUACGUACUUAUCUACCUCAA